AUGUCUGACGAUGAUGACUUUAUGCAGGAGUCUGACCCUGAGCAAUACGACUUCGAGUAUGAGGAUGAUGACGAGGAAGAAAGCGGCGAUGUUGACAUAGAAAACAAAUACUACAACGCAAAGCAAAUCAAAGCCGACAGCCCUGAAGAUGCCAUUGACGAAUUUCUCGGUGUACCAGCCCUUGAAGACGAGAAAGGUGAUUGGGGUUUCAAAGGUCUCAAACAAGCCAUCAAACUAGAGUUCAAGCUGGGCCGGUACGACUCUGCAGUUGAGCAUUACAAAGAGCUUCUCACAUACGUCAAGUCUGCUGUGACUCGAAACUACUCGGAGAAGUCGAUAAACAAUAUGUUAGACUUCAUCGAGAAGUCUUCCGACGACCGGAAAGCGUACAAGUGUAUGGAGGAAUUCUACUCGCUCACUUUAAACUCAUUUCAGAGUACCAAUAACGAGAGGUUAUGGCUGAAGACUAAUGUCAAGCUAGCAAAGCUAUGGCUUGACAAGAAGGAGUACGAUCAGCUGAGCAGGAAAGUCAGAGAACUCCAUAAGGCUUGCCAAAAGGAGGAUGGCACAGAUGAUCCCGCCAAAGGAACAUAUUCACUAGAAGUGUAUGCGCUCGAGAUUCAGAUGUAUGCCGACACUAGGAACAACAAGAGGCUAAAGGCACUGUAUCAGCGCGCUCUGACCGUCCGCUCGGCGGUCCCACAUCCCAAGAUCAUGGGGAUCAUCCGAGAAUGCGGAGGGAAGAUGCACAUGAGCGAGGAGAACUGGAAAGACGCCCAGAGCGACUUCUUCGAGUCGUUCAAGAAUUAUGACGAGGCCGGGUCCAUGCAGCGAAUACAAGUUCUCAAGUAUCUUGUUUUAACCACCAUGCUAAUGAAGUCUGACAUCAAUCCCUUUGACUCUCAGGAGACCAAGCCCUACAAGAAUGACCCUCGCAUCUCGGGCAUGACAAAUCUUGUGGAUGCUUAUCAACGGGAUGAUAUUCACCAAUAUGAGAAAAUCCUCAAAGAGAACCAGGAUGUAUUGGCAGAUCCGUUCAUUGCUGAGAACAUCGACGAAGUCAGCCGCAACAUGCGGACCAAGGCGGUUCUGAAACUGAUUGCUCCCUACUCAAGGUUUACUCUUGCCUUUAUCGCUAAACAGAUCAAGAUUUCAAUCGCGGAGGUCCAGGAUAUCCUUGGUGUCCUAAUCGUGGAAAGAAAACUCAAGGCCAAGAUCAACCAGGAGAGUGGCACAGUAGCCGUGCAAAGUACGAGCAACUUAGAUCACUUGCAGCGAGUGCGCGAUUGGAACAAGGCUCUCGAAUCCCUCUGGAGCACUGUGCUAAUUGAGGGCGAAGGUUUCAAAAAUGAAGACCCUCACGGGUUUGGCAGUGGUAUUGGGCCAUCGUUCGACGGAGGCCAGGACUCGUUCUGGGGCAAUGGAAUGAGUAUGAGAAGGAAGGGACCACUACGCGGUAGGGGUCAAAAGAUGCAUGGCUAG